AUGGCUCGAACACGAAAACAAGACCCCGAAGUCGACGACUCCGCGGCCCGAAAGCGUACCCGCCGAGACGAGACCGACCAAGAACCCGUGAACGGCACACCAUCCAAGCGGAGGAGAGCAUCCGCGAGGACAGAAGCCAAUGGCGCCGGGCACGACCCGUACGAAGUGCCUUCUGACGACCGGACCGAGGAAGAAGAAGAGGAGGCCCUCGAGUCCGAACCCGAGGCGCACACCCCAUCAAAACGGAAAGGCCGCCCUCCCAAACCAGCCGCCGCCAACGGAGCCGUCACUCCCUCGAAGCUGCGCCAGGUCAACACCCUCGUGACGCCGGUAAAGGCCACGGGCGCGAACGGAUUCACCCCACGGCGGCGCCAAGCAGCAGACCGCUCCGCGCGCCGGAAGAGCGCCAGGGCCCUGAUCCAGCGCGUCGUCGCCGACGAGGACAGCGAGGAGGAAGACGACGACGAGGGCCUCGAACGAGAGAUCUACGAGUCCAGCGAGGAAGAGGAGGCCGACCAACCAACCCCACGACGCCCGGUCGUACCGCCACCCGCGCAGGAAGAAGAAGAACCAGAAACGGAACCAUCAGCAGCCCCCGCCGAACCGGACACACCAUCAGCGACGCCGUCCCGCAAACGAGGCCGUCCGCGCAAGCAACCGCCGCCCCCGAAAUCCCCGACCCCUCCCCGCGACCUCGCCCCCCACGAGAUCUACUUCGAGCACAACAAGCCCGGCCGCGCAAAGACAUCCCACAACACCCUCUCCGCCCUCGACCUCCUCUCCCACGACGAGUACUUUGAACUCCUCCGCGCCCGCGAGGACCCCCACGCCGACGACCUCGCCUUCCUGCAGUCCCUCCACGAGGCCUCCUUCGAGCAGUGGCGGUUCGAGCUCGCGCAGGGCUUCGGCCUGUGCCUCUUCGGCCAGGGCUCCAAGCGGGACCUCGCGACGAAGCUGGCCGCGCACCUCUACGCCGCCGACCCGGACGCCCCCAUCGUCGUGGUGAACGGCUACGUGAGGACCCUCACCCCGCGCGACGUCCUCGCCACUGUCGCGACCGCCGUGAGCCCGGGCCUCAAGCUCCCCGCGCAGCCGGCGGGCAUGAUGCAGGCGCUCUCCUCCGCGCUGACGGCCCACGCCAGACCGGUGACGGUGAUCCUCAACAGCGUGGACGCGGCGCCGCUCCGCAAGCCCGCGGCGCAGCAGCUCCUCUCCCAGCUGGCCUCGCACCCGCGCGUGCGCCUCGUCGCGACCGCCGACACGCCCUCGUUCCCGCUCCUCUGGGACGCCGCGCAGCGCACCUCGUUCAACUUCCUCUUCCACGACUGCACGACCCUGAGGCCCCUCGAUGCCGAGCUCGACCCGGUCGACGAGGUCCACGAGCUCCUCGGCCGCAAGGCCCGCCGGCUGAACGGCAAGGAGGGCGCCAUGUUCGUCCUGCGCUCGCUUUCUGUCCGCGCGAGGGAGCUGUUCCAGCUGCUCGUCACCGAGGCGCUGCUCGCCAUGGACGACGACGGCGACGGCGGCUUGGGGGCGGAGCACCCGGGGCUGGAGUACAACAUGAUGUACCACAAGGCGGAGGAGGGGUUCAUCAGCACUUCGGAGGUGGCCUUCCGAACGCUGUUGAAAGAAUUCCACGACCAUCAGAUGAUUGUCAGCAGAAAAGACGCCUUUGGCACGGAACUGCUGAGUGUCCCGUUCAAAAGAGAGGAGCUCGAGGCUAUCCUCGAGGAGUUGGUUGUAUAA